AUGAGAGUGCACAGGAAGCCGCUAGAGAGGCAGCAUGAGAAAAUGCAUGUUUAUUUAUAUGUAGAUGGAAAAGAGGGGAAACUUUACUGAGAGGCUAACAAGGGACAGAACGCACUCAAGGUGACUUUGAGAGAGAUUUUAAGGAAAACUUCAGGCAUAAGAAGAGCAAAGAAAAAAUAGCAGAGGAGGAGCAGACAAGACAGAAAAUAAAUAAAAAACAAGAAACUCUGCUGCAGGAAUCAGAAAAUAAGAGGAAAUAACACGUGAACAGCACAAGUCUGUUCAGCAUCGCUUCAUUUCACAAUGGGGGUCCAAAUGUAUCUUCCAGCCACUGUGGGCAGCUUUUUGCUCCCUGUGACCCUUUGCAUUUUGACCCUUCUGCCUCAAGGCAUCCUGGGUAAAUCAGGAGAAGAGGAAAAUACCAGAAGCACUGCGCUGCUGCAGAGGGUGAAAAGAGGAUGGGUGUGGAAUCAAUUUUUCGUCUUGGAGGAGUACACCGGACUGGAGCCGCUUUACAUUGGAAAGCUCCACUCGGACAUGGACAAAGGUGACGGCUCCAUCAAGUACAUUCUGACGGGUGAGGGGGCGGGCACCACCUUCACCAUCGACGACAGCACUGGGGACAUCCAUGCCAUCCAGAGGUUGGACAGGGAAGUGAAGUCGCAGUACGUUCUCCGGGCUCAGGCCCGAAACCGCCUCACAGACCGACCUCUGGAGCCUGAAUCAGAGUUCAUCGUCAAGAUCCAGGACAUCAACGACAACGAGCCCAAGUUCCUGGAUGGUCCCUACCGGGCCACUGUUCCAGAAAUGUCCAGAAUAGGAACGUCUGUGAUCCAGCUCACUGCCACAGACGCCGACGACCCCACGUAUGGAAACAGCGCUCGUGUCGUCUACAGUAUCCUGGAGGGGCAGCCAUACUUCUCUGUGGACGCAAAAACCGGUGUGGUCCGAGUGUCCUUGGCAGACAUGGACCGGGAGACCAGGGAGAACUACACCAUCCUGAUCCAGGCUAAAGACAUGGGCGGACAGCUGGGGGGGCUGGCGGGGACCACCACCGUCAACAUCACGCUGAGCGACGUCAACGACAACCCGCCCGUGUUUGACCAGCGGUUGUAUCAGAUGAGCGUGCCGGAGUCGGCCCCCGUGGGCUCGGUGGUGGGCCGGAUCUGGGCCAAGGACAGGGACAUUGGGGUCAACGCAGAGAUGAAAUACAGCAUCAUCGACGGAGACGGGAGGGACACGUUUGACAUCAGCACGGACGCCACCAACCUAUUUGGCAUCAUCACCAUAAAAAAGCCGUUAAACUUUGAGAACAAACCAAGCUACACCCUGAAGGUGGAGGGAGCCAACACCCACCUGGACCCGACCUUCCGGCACCGCGGACCCUUCAAGGACGUCACCAUCGUUCACGUGAGCGUGGAGGACGUGGACGAGCCCCCGCUGUUCGGCUCGCCGUCGUACUACAUUGAGCUUCUGGAAGACGCCGAGAUCGGGACGGUGGUGAAGACGGUGUCAGCGCGAGAUCCUGAUGCUGCCAACAACACAGUGAGAUACUCCAUCGACAGGAGCAGCGACCCCGAAAAAUUCUUCUACAUUGAAAUCACUUCUGGGACGUUGAUGACGGUGCGUUCGCUGGACAGAGAGGAGGUGGGAUGGCACAACAUCACAGUCCUGGCCAUGGAGAUGAAUAACCCCACGCAGAUCGCGAGCGUGUCUGUGGCUGUGAGGGUGCUGGACGUCAACGACAAUCCACCGUCGCUGUCGCAUUACUUGGAGACGUUUGUGUGUGAAAACGCCAAAGCAGGACAGCUGAUCCAGACCGUGACGGCGGUGGAUCCAGACGAACCUCUGGGGGGCCAACGCUUCUACUACAGCUUGGCUCCGGAGGCCGCCAACAACCCCAACUUCACGCUGAGAGACAACCAAGACAACACGGCGUGGAUCCUGACGCGCCGCGGCGGCUGGUCCCAGCAGGACCAGACCGUCUUCUACCUGCCCAUCUUCGUGUCCGAUGGCGAGCAGCCGAUGCAGACCAGCACCAGUACUCUGACAAUCCGGGUGUGCAGCUGUGACCAGGAGGGAAACGUCAUGUCGUGCAACGCCGAGGCCUACAGCCUGCCUGCCAGCCUCAGCAAAGGAGCGCUCAUUGCUAUUCUGGCCUGCAUCUUCGUCCUGCUGGUGAUGAUUCUCCUCAUGCUUUCCCUGCGGACACAUCGUAAAAAGCCCUACCUCUGCGACGAGGAGGAGAACGUGCAUGAGAACAUCGUUCGCUACGACGACGAAGGCGGUGGUGAGGAGGACACUGAGGCCUUUGACAUCGCCGCCAUGUGGAACCCCCGGGAAGUGCACCACCCUCUCGGCAAGAUACGGCAGGACAUGAUGCCGGAGAUCGAGAGCCUGUCGCGCUACGUCCCUCAGCCGUGUGUGAUCGGCGUGGGCAGCGGCGAGGACAGCAACGUCCACGGCUACGUGCUGGCGAAGCUCCUGGAGGCCGACCUGGACCCGUGCGCGCCGCCGUACGACUCCCUGCAGACGUACGCGUACGAAGGCGAAGGCUCGGUGGCCGAGUCGCUCAGCUCGCUGCAGUCGGGAACAUCAAAUGCCGACCAUGAGUACGACUACCUGAACGACUGGGGCCCACGCUUUAAAAAACUGGCAGAGAUGUAUGGAGUGCUGGAGACAAACACGCCUCCCAUGUGGUAGGAGAAGAAGGAAGGCAAAACACAAAUGAGAAGACAAAGCUGGGACGCCCGUAUUCUACAUCCGAAGGCUGGAUUAUCAGCAGCCUUAAAGGCCUUCUCGCCUGCAGAGGCAGUCUGAGCUGGGUUUAAAUCUUCUUCAAAGAUGGGCUGGGUUUUUGAGCCUCAUGGGGCCCGGUAGAGGAACAGCUUCAAAGCACAUGUUAACCCCCUCCUUGGGUCUGAAACACCCAGAGACAGAGCCCCUUUGGUUCAAAGUGUUUGAGCUGGAGAUGAUAAUUCCCUGCACCACAGAGAUGUUUUCUUCUGAGAGAAAGUCAGUGUUUUGAUGUGUUUUUGGUCCUAAUUUACUCGUUUGUUUCAACUUUUGUAUUUAUGUUUUAAUUUAUUUGGGUUCUUCAACUAGCACUGUGCGUAAACUUUAAAAUCACAUAUGUUGUGACAGUAGACACCUUCGGUUUUCUAGAAAGGAGCUUUCAAUGCUUCUUAAAGUCACACCCAUUGGUAUAAAUUACUGGAUUGGACAUUGCAUUACUAUCGUGUCAGUCACUAGUGCACUGCAGCUGCUGUAAUUUCUAAAAGUUCAAUAAACGACAGAAGCUGAGCUAAAUGCCUUUUUUGUUUGCAGAAUGUCACAAUAUUCAUAACAAUCAUCAAAAUGGAUUAAGUAUUUUGUAAAGUAAACCAGCAAUUUAUGUAAAAUUAAACUAUAAAGAAGAAAUUUGUUUAGUUCUCUCUUGCAUCUUGACUGAAUAGAGAGAAACUAAACUGUCUACCAAUGUGUAUUUAGGGAGAAUAACAUACUGUACAUAUUAAAACAUUUUCAGCUUUAAAUUAAGACAUUCAUAAAAAUCAGAUAAGAAAUAAGUCUGUUUCCAUUUCAAACGUGGGCUAAACUUCUUCAAUGUUCUCCUAAUGUCAAAAAACCCACAAUUUUGCAACUUCGGUGUUUACAUUAAAUACGAACACAAUUAAUACCUGACUAAGAUUGUUCACAGGAGCAGUCCUGAAAACUCAUGCCAUGCCUUCAUCCUCCUACUACUACUUCCUGUCGUCUUCUUUGUCGAUUCUGCCAGUAGUAACAUCCAGUUGUUGAUGUGAUUCCUGUGAUUGCAAAAAAGGUGUUUCCAUUGCAGUUUUACGAAAUAAACUAAUUUCAAUACAGCCAAAGAAAGUCACUUGAUGCUAGUGCAAAAACUUAUUAAUUAUAAAAAAGAAGUAUUUCUUUUUUCUGAAAUUGCUAUGUUUCCAUUAAGCAAAUCUUUGACCACACUUUUGUGGUCAAUGGAAACACAACUGGUACGGCUUGUGGACAUGACUCAGUGUACAGAAAUGGCAACACUAUCUAUACCAGCUGAUAAGUGAUGUCCAAUCCAGUGAUAUACAUUGACAGUAACGCUGUAUUCUCUUAUGGGUCUUCAAUGUGUUUAUUGUGAUACUGUCUGUCAUUUUCACCCCUUUGUAUUAAUUCCCAGUUUUCUUGAAAGCAUAAAGAUGUUGCCCUGAGGCAGGGUAGAGGUUUAUCUUGACAGAAAUCUGAACGAGCACACGACCAAGUCGCCUUUCGUUUCCGAUCCCACCGCUGUGCCAAACGGAGUCCGACAGCGGAGAGGCUCCAACCGUCACUUUGCUUUUCUCUGGUGGAACCCUCCAACCGUUUGGGCUGCAGGGACACUGAUCAACCUGCAAUAAGUGCCAAAUGUAUAAAGAACAAAAAAGACUUUUAAGGAAAAAAAAAAUCCAAGAGACGGAAACACCAAAAUAUGAGAAGGAUUUUAGAAAUGUAAAAAGUGCUUUUUCAUUAUUGAAUUGGGCAAAUUUACUUGAAUUCAAUACGGUGAGUCAUACCACACCAAGUGGUGUGUAAAUGUAGAUAUUUUUUGUAUUCUUGUUAAUAAAAGCUUUUUU